GUCUAACACAAAGCUUCCACUUCCUUCCCCAUUCUUCUCUGUGCCCUUACUGAAUUGAAGCAUCCGAAGUGAAACAGGCCAAUGUUGCAUGCAAUCUCUGUUCCAAACACUUGCAUUUUGUAUCCGAGAAGCCGGUGUUUGGGUCAAAGUACUCGAGGGUCGAGAAGACUUCGUGUGCGAACUUCUUUGCCGGAUAAUAAUGGUGGAUUUAAAGUGGAGUAUACACCCUGGUUGAUUGUUGGAUUGGGUAACCCUGGAAUUAAGUACCAUGGAACACGGCACAAUGUUGGUUUCGAAAUGAUUGAUCAAAUUUCUCGAUCGGAAGGGAUUGUGUUGAAUACUAUACAGUCAAAAGCUCUAAUUGGAAUAGGUGCCAUUGGAGAAGUACCGAUUUUGUUGGCAAAACCUCAGGCAUACAUGAAUUUCAGUGGGGAAUCGGUUGGGCCUCUUGCUGCCUAUUAUCAAGUUCCCCUGCGCCACAUUUUGUUGGUAUAUGAUGAGAUGAGCUUGCCGAACGGUGUUUUGAGGCUUCAGCCGAAAGGAGGACAUGGACAUCAUAACGGAGUGAAGAGUGUGAUUGGCCAUUUGGAUGGAACUCGUGAGUUUCCUCGGUUAUGCAUAGGCAUUGGAAAUCCACCUGGUGCUAUGGACAUGAAAGCUUAUCUUCUACAGAAGUUCAGUCCUGUGGAGCGAAAUCCGAUCGAUGAGGCGCUGGAGCAUGGAGUUGAGGCAUUGACACUGGUGCUAGGUGGGUUCAGCCAAAAGAUCACAAGAUUCAAUUUAGGGCAGAAGUACAAGCAUCACAAAGUUUGACCAU